CCCCGUGGGUUCCCGUGUGCGCGCGCGCCAGUGCCGGCGCGGCGGGCACUCGGGCUCUGUGCGUGGCGCGCAGGAGGGGUUAUGAGCCUGUCGGGCUUCAGCGGCCACUCUCGCUCCGGCCGCCGCCGCCAUCAUGUCAGCUGUCAUCGAGCAGGAGUUCCAGGAGAUCGAUGCCGCUAACGACUGGCAGGCGCGCUACCUGGAAAUUCGGCAUAACUCAAACGACCAUCCUCAUAGAGUUGCAAAAUACCAGGAAAACAGAAAUCGAAAUAGAUACAGAGAUGUCAGCCCGUAUGAUCAUAGUCGCGUAAAACUGCUGAACACAGAGAAUGACUAUAUAAAUGCCAGCUUAGUAGUAAUAGAAGAAGCUCAAAGAAACUAUAUUUUAACCCAGGGUCCACUUCCUAAUACUUGUUGUCAUUUUUGGCUAAUGGUAUGGCAACAAAAGACCAAAGCAGUUGUCAUGCUAAACAGAAUUGUUGAAAAAGAUUCGGUAAAAUGUGCACAGUACUGGCCAACAAAAGAAGAGGAAGUCAUGAUGUUCAAGGAAACAGGAUUUUGUGUGAGACUAGUAUCUGAAGACAUCAAAUCCUAUUACACCGUACAUCUACUUCAAUUAGAAAAUAUCAGUAGUGGUGAGUCCAGGAUGAUAACUCACUUUCAUUAUACUACGUGGCCAGAUUUUGGAGUCCCCGAGUCCCCAGCUUCAUUCCUCAACUUUUUGUUUAAAGUUAGAGAAUCUGGGUCAUUGAAUCCUGAACAUGGACCUGCCGUAAUUCACUGUAGUGCAGGUAUUGGACGUUCUGGCACAUUUUCAUUGGUAGACACAUGUCUUGUCCUGAUGGAAAAAAAGGAUCCCUUUUCUGUAGACAUAAAGAAAGUAUUAUUAGACAUGAGGAAAUAUCGAAUGGGGCUUAUUCAGACACCUGACCAAUUAAGGUUUUCAUAUAUGGCUGUAAUAGAAGGAACAAAAUUUAUAAUGGGAGAUUCAACUAUACAGAAACGAUGGAAAGAACUUUCUAAAGAGGACCAAGCACCAAGUUCUGAGCACUCUCCUCCACACCCAACCAAAAUAAUUACAGAAAAGUACAAUGGAAAUAGUGUGGGCAUAGAAAAACAGGAGCAAAUUGGGGAAAAAAUAAAUACAGACCUGUCCACCAAAGUGCAAGAUGCUGUGGAUGGAAACACAGAAAGUACUGUUCGGAAACGCCUUCGAGAGGAUAGAAAGGCUAACACGGCACAGAAGCUGCAGCAGAUGAAACAGAAGUUAAGUGAAACUGAACGAAAAAGGAAAAGGCCGAGACUGACUGACACCUAAACCUCCAAGACUUGUGAAUAUUCUGAAGCUAUAAAUUGCAAAUUAUUGACAUGCAAAGCAAGACAUGAGCCCCCCUUCGGGAACAAAAGUGAGGUCUGAUAAAUACCAAGGCCUCAUAACUAUCUGUUUACAACGUAAACUACAUCCAGGGGAUGAAGAACACCACCAGCAUGCUUCUUUGCGAAAGAAAAUAAUUUGCUGUCUUACAUGUUUUAUAAUGACUGUAUUAAUUGUAGAAAGAUGUAAAAGAAAUAAAUUAGAAAAUACUUUGUUUUGUACUGCCAUUCUUAUUGUAUUUUUAUACUUUUUGGCAGCAUUAAAUAUUUUUUUAAAUUGACAACAAGUUGUGUGAGCAUUAUGUUAGGGAGAAGCUGUUACAAAACUGUUUAAAAAACUGGGUUACCUCCAAGUUGUCUAAUUUCUUACCUAACUGGAAAACUGAAUUGUAAUAAUAAUAGUGAACUUUAUCAAAAAAUGUUCAUGAAUCUGAUAUGGAGUAUUGUGAUAGUCCUAGGCUUAAUGAAGAUGCAUCUUUCUCUCCCCUCCAUCCCCAACCUUGUUUUGUAAAUAUUCCAGUCAUACUGAAAAUAAGGGUAUUCCUGUUUUGUUCAGCUGCUUGGUUCAGUAACCCUCAACAUGUUGGCUCUAGUUCAUGCAAAAGAUAUUCAGAAUAACUCGGUGCAAGCAAUCUGCUGUUAUGACUGAGAUUUUUAAAUGGCUACAAAUUGGGAAAUAUUUUAAGUUCCAGUUCCUACAAACAUGACUUCUGCAAUGGUGAUUGAGGCCUGAUGCAAAGUGCUUUUAAUUCAGUUAAAUUUUUUCCCAUUGAUGGGAUUUGAAUCAUGGCUUUAAACAAUGAUCCAUGUCUAGUGCCUUUAUAUUUUCUCAUUAGUUGUUUUUGUUGAUGUAUUUUGAGUGUCUGGAAGAGAAGGAUGCAAAUCAAACCAUGUCCUGAUAUUUCAGUGGUGCUUUUUGUUUGUUUUUAAUUUUUAUUUUAACCUGAUACAGAUUACAUGGGAUCAUGUGGCAAACUGACUUGCAUUUCACAGCAAGGUUUUUGGAUUCUUCAGCCCUUGGUAAAGUCAGAUCCAUGUUUUGAGUUGAAUAUGAAUGUAUACAAAACAGAAGAAUUUAUUUUAUAUUAAAUUCAGUUUGUUUUUCCUCUACA